AUGGAGAGGACCAAUACUUGGGAUGUAACUAGUCUUCCACCUGGUAAGAAAGUUGUUGGCUGCAAAUGGGUUUUUACCUUGAAGUUUUAUGCAGAUGGAACUCUAGAGAGAUAUAAAGCCAGGUUGGUGGCUAAGGGUUACACACAAAAGGAGGGUUUGGAUUAUAAUGAAAAAUUUUCACCGGUGUCGAAGAUGGUCACUGUGAAAAUGUUACUCAAGAUUUCUGCUUCUAAACAGUGGUUUCUGCAUCAACUUGACAUUUCUAAUGCUUUCUUGAAUGGUGAUCUUGAUGAAGAUAUAUAUAUGCGACUUCCAGAAGGGUAUGCUGAGAUUAAGGGGGACACUUUGCCCAAGAAUGCUUGUCACGGAGAUCAAACUUUGUUUGUUAAAAGUUUUGGAGAUGAUUUCAUUGCUUUAUUGGUUUACGUUGACGACAUAGUUAUUGCUAGUACCACAGAAUCAGGUGCGACUCAGUUAACUGCAGCUUUGAAGCAGAGUUUUAAGCUACGGGAGCUUGGUCCUUUGAAGUAUUUCUUGGGUCUUAAAAUUGCUCGAAACUCUACUGGCAUAUCCAUUUGUCAACGUAAAUAUGCUCUUGAGCUUCUGACUUCUUCUGGCAUGUUAGCUUGCAAAGAUGUUCAGACACCCAUGGUACCAAACCUACACCUUUCUAGGACCUUUGGUAAGAUUUUGAAUGAUAAGGAGAUGUAUCGCAGUCUUGUAGGUCGGUUGAUGUAUCUCACCAUCACUCGUCCAGACAUCACAUUUGCUGUGAAUAAGUUGUGUCAAUUCUCCUCUACUCCUCGCACAUCUCAUCUGACAGCAGCUGAUCAAGUUCUUCAAUACAUUAAAGGGACUGUUGGACAAGGACUUUUCUAUUCUGCAGAACCAGACCUCUCAUUGAAAGCAUUUGCAGAUUCAGAUUAUGCUUCUUGUCCAGAUAGCCGCCGCUCAACCAGUGGUUUUACAAUGUUUUUUGGCUCGUCACUCAUUUCCUGGCGUUCUAAGAAGCAACAUACUAUUUCUCGCUCUUCUGCGGAAGCUGAGUAUCGAGCUCUUGCUAUAGCUUCCUGCGAGAUUAUGUGGAUCACUACUUUACUUUGUGAGUUGUGA